AUGCCUGGUAUCUUGCCGAUGAAAGUGAUCAAGGUCGGCGGCACCGGUACCCAAAGCCGGAUUGCCCAGGCCUGUGAUCGAUGUCGCAGUAAGAAAAUUCGAUGCGACGGCGUUCGUCCAUGCUGUACCCAGUGUGCCAAUGUCGGCUUCGAGUGCCGCACCAGCGACAAACUAAGCCGCCGCGCCUUUCCUCGCGGGUACACCGAGACCCUCGAGGAACGGGUGCGCGCCUUGGAAACUGAAGUGAAAGACCUGAAAGAUUUGCUGGAUGAGAAGGACGAGAAGAUCGAUGUGUUGUCCCGGAUCCAUUCGUUUUCACCAUCGCAAAGGGCCCCGUCUGCACGGUCUCCCUCGGCAUCUACCCCGGUCAAAGCGGCUGGGUCGGAUGCUGCAGAGGGAGUGAUUAUAGUGGAACGAGCUUCUACUUCACAUCCGUCGCAGAAUUGCGAUAACCCAUUUACGGGCCUUUCUAGCACCCAGGGCUUUGUGGAUGUCUUCACCGACAAGCUAAUCAGCCAGGGAAAGUCAACAUCCAAACUGCCGACGAAGGCACUGACUGCCCUGUCCGCGCCGAUUUCUCGUGGAUCCUCAGACCAAGCGGUCAAGACGCCACCGCGCCUAGUAUCGGAUCAACUGAUCAAUAUAUUCUUCCAAGAAUGGGCUCCACUAUAUCCGGUGGUGCACCGCCCGACUAUUCUAAAAGUCUACGAACAAUAUCUGAACAGCAACGAGUCGCUGCAGCGGGAUUCCCUUGCCAUGACCCAGUUGAACUUGGUUUUUGGGAUUGCCGCGCUUUCGUCAACUUCACGAACCAACCAGGACCCGAUUUUCUUCGAAGGGAAUUGGGCGACUACUCUCGGUUCUUUCUCUGCCGAAACCUCGGUUGCAAGCCUGCAGUGCUUUGUUCUGGCUCAGAUCUACUGCAUGACUAAGAGCGACUAUCGCAGUCUGCUCCGCUACCGGGCCCUUGCGGUGGACAUAUGCCAUCAGCUGGGUCUUCAUCAGAACCAAGAGAACGUGACUGCCAAUCCUUUGGAGAGGGAGACUCGGAAGAAGGUUUUCUGGUGUCAAUACGUGCUGGACCGCUUUUGCUCUGCAUUGACCGGAUUGCCUGUUCUUUUACGCGAGGAUGAUGUUCAGACCGAGUACCCCGUUGAUGUGGAUGAUGAGAAUGUCACGGAAACGGGUUUCCUACCAACGCUUCCUGGUGAAUGUACCCGCAUCUCCAGUGCGCUGGCGCUUUUCGGGGUCUCGAGGAUUCUGAACAAGGCUCUGGGCGACUUUUUCCCUUCGAAGACUGGCUACGACAUUUAUGUGUCCAAGGUGCGCUUGGUCGCUAGGGAACUGGACGAGUGGCUGCAAAAUCUGCCUCCUCAUCUUCGCUUGGAGUUUUCUCAGGACAAGCCCAGCACGAAUGUCACCAGCAGUCGGUCGCCGCUUUUGUCUCUCAUCUAUUACUUUAUUCGUUCGUUGAUUCACCGACCAGCAGUUUGUUUUGCUGAUGAGCACUUGCGCUCGCCAUCAGUCCUGGCGCUAUCUGAUUCAGCGAAGCACAUUGUCCAGAUUCUGGAGCUGCUGGAUGAACGGCGCUUAUGCCUCUCCGUGAGCCUUAAUCGGAAAGAGCUUGUGAUCCUUGCUGGACUUGGGCUUCUAUGGCAAAACCUUGGUCUUAAGCGUGACAGCAAACUGGCCAAAGAGAGCCAGAAACUCCUCGGCACUGUCAUGGAACAGCUGGAGUCGGAAACGACUGGAGCGGCUGUGGAAUUCGGCACACUAGCCAACACCCUCGUCGCUCUGGACAGUGGCAGACACGAUGCAACGGCCGCCAGUAAACAGCCGCAGGGGAUGGUUGCUCCACAACACAAAACGACCAAGUUUCCUAAGAAGCAGAUGCAGUCCUUGAAGUCUCGUUUGACACCGGGCUCUGGAAAGGAUCAGUCGUCACAGCAGAGUUCAUCCUCGCGACGCAACACCAUCUCCGGUGCCACGCCUCCACUGGUUCCUCAAUCCUUGCGGUCUCCUAGCUGGGCGAGCUUGCCUCCUUCCCAAUCUGAUCACCUCACUGCACAUCAUUUCUUUUCCGAUAAGGGAUCCUCUCCUCUGGAUCCUGCCUCCGAUCCUCGAAUGGUGUCUUCCUCCAUGGGGUAUGACCAUCCCCGGGCCAUGUCCUGCUCUACACCGUCAGAUGUAACCGCGGGAGCGAUCACAAUGGCAGACUGGGAGUACGUUCUCAGCGAUAUGGACCGCGGCUACUCGAACAUCUUCACGGGAAUUUACGGCGGCAAGGAAUGCGGUGAAGACCCAGGUCCCUUCGCGUCUAUCACGGCCGAGUAUAACCGGAAACCCACCGACGGCUCCUUGGUCAUUCCCCCGCCUACCGACCUACAUGAUCUGUCUCCCGAGGCCUGGUCUGCGAGCAGUGGGGAUCUGGCACCGAAUCAAGAAAUCACUACACAGAGCGUGCUCAGCUACUCCGGGGAGAGUCUGGAUAGCGCUGAAGACAACUUCGCCCCCUACGCGGAUGCCCAUCUGCGUCCCGACGAUAUGAACUUGGUGGAUCCAUUCAACAAUAUCAUGCCGGCGGAGCAAGAAAUUGAUGAAUUUGCGUUGGUCAAUGGUUGGGACCGACGGCUGGCCGUAUAA